AGGAAUUUCAACAUCAUUAUCCCAUCGGCAGAGCAGCAAGAUGGACGUUGAUGCGGACAUGCACGUCGACGAAGUAGUGUUGAGCUCGGAAGAGGUGCAGGCGCAUGCCGCGGCCGACGACAACGACAUGGACGUCGCGCCAUCGUUUCCUGCGUUGAGCGCGCAAGAGUUGGCCGGUGGCAAAGACGAUUUUCGCCGCGUCCGUGUGCCUGCCCACCGGUACACGCCGUUGAAGAACGACUGGCCCAACAUCAUGAAACCUCUUGUGGAACACUUGAAGCUCCAGGUCCGCAUGAACAUGAAGACUCGAUGCGUCGAGCUCAAGAACGGACCGUUCACGGACGACGCGGGCGCGCUGCAAAAGGGUGCUGAUUUCGUCCAGGCCUACAUGAUGGGAUUCGAAGUGCAGGACGCUGUCGCACUCCUUCGUCUCGAAGACUUGUUUGUCGACACGUUCGAAGUCACCGACGUGAAGAUGCUCAAGGGCGACCACUUGAGUCGCGCGAUCGGCCGUCUUGCCGGCCAGGACGGCAAAACCAAGUACGCGAUUGAGAACGCCACGCGGACGCGGGUCGUGCUCGCCGACCAAAAGGUGCACAUCCUUGGCUCGUUCUCCAACAUCAAACUCGCGCGGGACGCGAUCUGCUCCCUCAUCAUGGGCGCUCCGCCCGGCAAAGUGUACAACAAGAUGAAGAACGUCGCGACUCGAAUGAACGAACGUUUUUAAGAAUCCCUCUAAUUAUAUUGACCGACUUUUUCGAGGUGGUGGACGCGUGACGUGGCAGCACCAGAACGCA